AUGGAAUUGCCUCCUGGUAUUAUCUACCUCAUCAGUUGCUUGCCACAACUCCUAUUGCCGCCCGCAAUAGUCUAUGGUCUAAACCGCAUCUCCGACUUUGCAUUUGGCGUAUGCCUGCCAGGAUGGUUCCAGAUUCCUGCAUGUCUGUUAUCUUUUCCCAUCGUCUUCGCUUGUAGCGUGUUCGUCACAAACCAUCGCGACAGGAGUCAGGCUGCGUUGCAUGGUGCCGUCCUCCCGCCUAUGUUCCCCAGUAAAUGGCCUGGCGGUCUUGAUAUUCUCGCAGCAUUGAUACAAAAUUUCAAGACUGGAUACAUGGGGGACAUGAUGGAGGAGCAGUGUAAAACCCUUGGGCAUACGUUGAAUAUGCGAGUCCUCUUUGAAAAUAGGGCAAGUACAUUUUUUCACACCCUAAUUUCUUUUAUUUAUUUGUGGCGAUCAACACCAUUUCAAUCAACAGGCGCUAUGUUUUCGGAUCAAGUCAACUCCCUCCUUGGCACCGGAGUGUUCAAUUCCGAUGGUGAUGACUUCAGAUUCCACCGCUCGAUGACGCGCCCGUUCUUCAGCAAAGACCGGGUCAGCCAUUUUGAUAUAUUCGACAAGCACGCGGAAGACGCAAUUAAUCAGCUGAAGGUUAGACUCAGAGAUGGCUACCCCGUAGACUUCCAGGACAUGGUCUCUCGUUUCACCCUAGACUCUGCGACGGAGUUCCUCUUCGGAAAAGACGUCUGUUCUCUCUCUGCCGGGCUAAUCUAUCCGUCGUCAUCACCUCGCUCCAAAGAUGUCGCGUUCGAAAAUCACCCAGCCAACAAGUUUGCUCAUGCGUUUAGUGGUGCUCAGAUUGCUGCCUCCUACCGCGGUCGGUUUGGCUCAGCGUGGCGCUUAUUUGAAUUUUGGAGUGAUCGCGUAAAGAAGCACAUGGAUGUUUGUUACAAGUUCAUCGACCCCAUCCUCAAGGAGGCGUUAGAAAAGAAAAAGGAAAAUGGCUUGAUUGAACAGAAGGCUGCCACAAAGGAUAAGGAUGUCGCAGAAGGCGAAACAUUGCUUGAUCACUUGGUGAAUUACACCGAAGACCCCAUCGUUAUUAGGGACGAAAUUCUCAACAUCAUGAUUGCUGGACGUGACACGACUGCAGCUACCCUGACUUUCGUCAUCUAUAUGCUCGCAGAACACCCUGAUGUCCUCCACCGUCUUCGUGAGGAGAUCCUCAGCAAAGUGGGUAGUUCGAGGAGACCUACCUACGAUGAUAUGCGUGAUAUGAAAUACAUGAGAGCAGUCAUUAACGAAACUCUUCGACUCUACCCGCCUGUGCCAUUCAAUGUUAGGACCAGCACAGAACCCACGGUCUGGCCGGGAAUCAACGGGGAAAAACCCAUCUACAUCCCGUCGAAUACAAGGACUCCUUACUCUGUGUUCCUGAUGCACCGACGAACAGACUUAUGGGGACCAGAUGCUGAUGAAUUUGACCCCGAUCGGUUCCUUGACGAGCGCCUUCGUAAAUAUCACACUCCUAACCCAUUCAUUUUCGUGCCUUUCAAUGCAGGGCCCAGGAUUUGUCUCGGGCAGCAGUUCGCCUACAACGAGACUUCUUUCUUCCUCGUACGCCUUCUCCAGCAGUUCUCUUCGGUCUCCUUGGCCACAGAUGCUCAGACUCUCCCGCCUGCGGAAUGGGCUAAGUGUUCUGGCCGCAAGGCCAUUGAGAAGGUCAUCAUCAAAAGCCACCUCACCAUUUAUGCACAUGAUGGGUUAUGGGUUAGGAUGGAAGAGGCGAGCCCUGUGGAGGCUGUAUAA